AUGUCAUCAAGCAAGAUUUACCCUUUCUGUUUCGUCUUUAUCCUCGCUUCGUUGUUAGUGACAGGUGCUCCAAAGUGGAAGGUAAUAAUUUUUUUUGCGGAAACAUUGAUUCCUAACCGUGAUGUAACCCAAACAAAGUGGCCAAACUAGGAAACAUCAUUUCCAUACCAGAUUUUCCAAAGGUUGACAAACCAGGAAACAUUGUUUCCUAGACAUGUUCAAUUUCCUAAAGGUGGCCAAACCAGAAAACAUUGUUUCUGAAACAUCAUUUCCAUAUCAGGUUUCCCAAAGGUUGAAAAACUUGGGAACAUUCUUUCGUAGACAUGUUUCCCGAAGGUGGGCAAACAAUUAGGGGAACACGGUUUCUUAGCCAUGCUUCUUAAAAGAUGACAAACCAGGAAGCAUUGUCUCCUAUAUGUCAGCGUCAGUUGGGUUGUUAAGUUUGUCAAAAGCAAAGUGUAGGUUUACAAUGUAUUGCACAUGUUCGCAGUUGUGACCUACCUCUCAUAGUGACCUACUUUCGUUUUCAGGGUCAAAAGCGAGAUGAGUACGGUGCAUGGUCUGCAAUGUUUCAAGAAGACAAUUGCCCAUAUGAUCAAGAUUGUACAAGCAAUAUUCAAUGUGAAUGUGAAGAUUAUCACUUGGAAUGUAGAACGAUUGGAUCUCUUAACCGACGGUGUAUUGAAGUGGUUGAUAACGCUUGGGAACGCAGUGGAAAACCAUAUAAACCUGAGACCGAUAAACCUUUUGAAUCUAUCAUACAGGUAGGCUACUAUACCGUUUAUCUUUUUAUUAUAUCAUAUAAAUUCUCAGUAAGUUAAAUAAAAAAAUAAAAAACAGAGAGAGUUCAGAUUAGAACGAUUGAGUGUUAUGCGAGCAAGAGAAAUAACCCUUAUCGUAAUUUUUUGAAGACAAUUUUGAUAACCCCAAUCCUAACCCUAGGGUUAACCCAACUAGGAUCCUAAACGCUAACUCCCAUGAUAACCAAUUCCACCUCUGGAGCUAUCCAGUAUAAAGUGAGACCAAUUUUCACUACGUUUGUUUUAAGGCGCCUACUCCAGGAAGAUCGUCAAAUGGUUGCCGAUUUGAGCAAGAAUGCAGCAAAAACUCGAAUUGCUGGUGUGGUUUUCGGCCUAUGGUGUGUACUGUUGGAUCACAAAGAAAAUGCCUGUGGUUAAAAUCAGGCACGGCCGGGAUAAAUGUAGCCUUGACAGCCACACAAACUGCAACCGUCCCACCAAUGAAAACUACGUCGAAACCCAAACACCCCAGUCCUAAGCCUUCGACAUUUUCUAAACAGACGCCUUCAAGUUGGAAAACAAUGUUUGUGCCCAAACGUUCUCGGAGGAGAUUCAAAAAGGGACGUCGUGGCUAGUAUAUAUAAUAGUACACAAUGCAUUAUGGGGAUUGUAUAGUUACAGUAAAAAUAAUGACAAAAUUAAAUGUAAACGAGCGAGAAUAGAUUUGUAUGUAAUGAAAUGAUACAAAAAUUCAUACAAAUAAAUAUCGAUAGAACUUCUAUAGCAGGAUUUAUUGUAGAUGGAAUUUUUGAACGUAUUUUAAUUUCUACACACUUAGUGUUAAACAUGCACUGAUUUACCUACAAUUUACCUAUGCACUGCGCAUGCUUUAACAUGAUAAGGUAAAGCCAUUCAGGGAUGGAUUUACUGGGGGGGGGGGGUGCGUGCACCCCGCCUAGCACUGGCCAGAGAGGGUGCAGGGGGGUGUGUGCUAUUUUUCACGAUAAAGCAAAAAAUUAUUAGAGACAAAAUGAGAUACAGUAAUUUGAGUAAUAACAUGGUGAUAAGCGAACUGUGAACAACAAUUACAAUUCAAAUACAGUAGUCAAGCAAGACUUUGCAGUAGUGAAGCAAGUUGAUGGGCGGGCGGCACACAUGACCGACACAACUCGGCACCAGAGCUGGCAGAGCACCCCCCCCCACCAGAUCAUGCUGGAUCCAUCCCUGAAUCCAUUAAUGGGACAAUCACGUUCAGUGUUUUCAAUUAUCAGAUCCGGUCAGGGGUUUCAGGUGUAUCGGUGUUUAGACAUUAUCCAUUGUCGAGUAAAAUCGUCUUCAAAAUUAAGACAGAUUAAAAAUCAAAUUCAAUUUUAUUAUUUCAUUAUAUAAUUUUAAUCUUAGUUAAUUAAACCAAUUCACUGAAAUGAGAUUAAAUAUGAUUGGUUUUUAUAAUUAAAUGAACUAUUUAAGGAAGAACAUUUAUUAUGAUAUUCAUUGCCGUUUGGUUUAUUGAGGAAUAAAAAUGAACGCUGUAUCAUUUGUUAUAUGUUACAUUACCUUGCUGUUGCUGUCUUCUGCACAUGGCCAAUGGGUGAGUGUUUGUAAGUCGUUCAACAAAAAAACAAUAAAAGUUAAUUAAGGAAACUCUCAUGUAAACUCUCGUGCAACUCUUGUUCUCGUUUGACCAAAUAAUGAAAGUGAAGGAAAUUCUCAUGUAAACUCUCGUUUGCCAACUCUCAUACAAACUCUUGUUCUCGUUUGAUCAAGCAAUGGAAGUCAAGGGAAUUCUCAUUCAAACUCUCACUUUCCAACUCUCGUGCAAACUCUUGUUCUCGUUUGAUCAAGCAAUACAUAAAAGUCAAGGAAAUUCUCAUGUAAACUCUCGCUUGCCAACUCUCAUGCAAACUCUUGUUCUCGUUUGAUCAAGCAAUGAAAGUCAAGGAAAUUCUCAUGUAAACUCUCGUUUGCCAACUCUCGUGCAAACUCAUGUUCUCGUUUGAUCAAGCAAUAAAAGUCAAGAAAACUCUCAUGUAAGCUCUCGCUUGCCAACUCUCAUGCAAACUCUUGUUCUCGUUUGAUCAAGCAAUAAAAGUCAAGAAAAUUCUCGCUUGUCAACUCUUGCUUGCCAACUCUUGCUCUCAUUUGAUCAAACAAUGAAAGUUGAGAAAACUCUCGUGCAUGUUAACUGUCGUUUGUGAACUCUCAUGCAACUCUUGUUCUCGUUUGACCAAGCAAUGAAAGUUGAGAAAACUCUCAUGUAAACUCUCAUGUAAACUCUCGCCUUGCCAACUCUUGUUCUCGUUUGAUCAAACAAGGAAAGUUGAGAAAACUCUCAUGCAACUCUUGUUCUCGUUUCAUCAAGCAAUGAAGUUGAGGAAACUCUCACAUUGAUGAACCACAGCUAGGUAGAUUCUAAACAAAACUGACUUUAUUUAAACUGGACAGCCCCAUCAGUUCUAAAAUGUUCUCCUUGUAGGUCCAGCAAGGGUCAUUCCUUAAUAACGAUGCAAAGUUACUAUACAGAAAUAUACCAUAGAGCAAGAACCAAGUAACCAUAAAUGCUUUGAUUUUCAGACGAACACUUUGUGUCCCGACCUGGAACAGCCAUGCAGUACCGGAUGCCAAAAUUGUGUCUUCUACGAUCUGGUUUGUGACGAAGGACUGAACAUGUGUGUGCAAAUAGAUCAGAAAAUUCCUAACCCAGCAGGAACGCCACCCAGCGCCCUCAAUUGGACCGUUGAGAUAAAAGACGCAGAUGAUUUGUUUGGCUAA